CAACCGGCGGGGGGCAAGGCACAGCAGAGGGGACACGAUGCGACGAUGCGUCUUUCGUGUGGCGACUCUGGCAGUCUGAGCUCGUCGCGCAAGUUGAAACCGUUUGACCAGCGACUGAAAACCACGGCACGUCUGCUGAAUACAGAGGAAAAACAAUUCGGAAACCGUGUGUCUCCACCAAGAACAUGGACGUUCACAAGGACUGGACGGCACAGCAGGACGCAGGGCUGGCGAAGCUAUGCUGCCGACAGCGACGACCCAACAAAGUGUAAAAGUGUAGCGCUGCAGCGCCAGAAGGGCUGAAAACGGGCACGAGCCAUGCAGACACGGCAAUGAUAGGACCUCCAGUUUGCUUACUUUUACUCUCUUCCCUCGACUCCGAUAUAGCGGCGGCGUUCACGAAACCGAAAAAAAUUCUGGUGCCAGGACAGCAUUUGAAAUCGCAGGGACUCUCGUCGGUGGCAGAGGCAGCCAUGAUGUAGCUGACAACGGAGACAAAGCACCUAAAUCGUGUUCUCAAGAGUCUUACCGGCGAGAGAAAAGAAAUUCAUUUCUCGAGGCUAGCGUUUGAUCCGAUUUUUUGUACGUCUCAUGGUAUCUUUGAAACGGCGGGUGCCCUAGACCUCGAGCGGUCUCGUGACUGGCCAGCGCACUUGACGCGCUGAGUAGACCGGAUCGCUGGAUUGCCUAGAUGAGCAAGGCUCGCAUUCAGCGGAGCAAGACACGUGCCGCGAGGAGUGGUUGGACCGCUUCUGUUUUUCUGCAAAAACGCGGGGAAACGGCUGUUUCCAUUUCGGGCCCUCACUAUACGGAGGCGCAAAGCGACGUAGGAAAAUGAAUUGACGUCGGUCCCGUGCCGGACAGCAGAGUCGUCUGUCUUGUGCGGCCGUAGAGGCAGAGGGUAGGGUAAGGUUUCGGUGUCUCUGUGUAAAACCCCGCGGAAAUAUAUUUUCGUUCAGGGCACUCUGCAGUUGAGGCCCAUUUUAUUGUCGAUUGUUUUGCUCCUACGAAAGAACCCCGGUUGUUGUGCAAGAUUCCAGGCAGCCGCUCGGGUGUCAAGACACUCCGUAGCAGGACCGCCGGCAACGAUGACUCAAAUCCCUCUCUCGGAGCUUCGCCCGUUCCGACAUUCGUUCCAUAGCAUUUCCGAACCGCUUGCUUUUCUGUGUUACGCCAUUUAAGUGAUCUUGAGCUUCCGCUAAGCUUCCAAAGAACAGCACCGAAUGUUUUAGGUCGGACUUCCCGGCUUCACGCGGCACCCCGCACAAAUCGACGCGAGAACCUCUGCCACGACAGACACGAUGCGCACCAUCAGGUCAAGGGAACGGCCCAGCAAGUAGAAUGCAGUGGGAUCGAGCAACAUGGGGCUGUUCGCUUUUCUUUCGAGGAGAUGUCUCCUCCUGUUGUUCUUCGCCGUCCUCCUCAGCGGCGAGGACUGGAUCCGCCCGACACUUGCCGCGGCGACUCCACCAUCUCUGGGCGGGGCAAACGUUCGCGCUCGUCGAGCACGCAGAAAACUAAAACAGAGUGCGGAGGCGGUGAAGGUCUCAGAGCUCGGCCAAGAAUUGGUCAAGGCAGUGGUUGAGGAAUCAGGGAAAUCCGAGGCCGAAAUUCUUCCUGCCGGAGGGGAAAGAGCCCUGGUUACCGAGAUGGCUGUCGCGGAGGGGAUCCAGGUUACUCAGAGUUCAAGUGACACCGUCCGCGUGUUUGGUGCCUCGCUCAUGAGACGCCUGGUGGCUCUCACGGGGAACUGGCAUCUGAAAGAACUUCCAGGCUUGGAGCGUGUUCUCAUUUCCAGGACACCGCCUGCUGGCGACGAGCGCCACGGCCGCGCCUCUGCGUGCGUCUCAGUCACUGGAUUUGACGCCUCGGAAGACCCGGCACCGAUUAUCUUUGUCAACGGCCUCGAGUUCGUCCAGAUGCUCUUCAUGGUGAUGGCGACCAUGCACCAGGCCUCGACGUUGACGGAAACCAAGGAUUUGCUCGCGUUCAUCCCGCUUCUCAGCACCUGGCGACUGGUGGCUCAGCUGCAAAUGCUCUAUUACACCUUCCUUGCUGUGCCUCUGCACGUGGCGCUCAAAGUGCUCGAGGAAGAAGUCCUUCCUUCGCUCUCUGGCGACGCCAAGGCAGAUGCAGAAACGAAACUCGCCGAACUGCAAAGAAUCUCUGAAGUUGUCAAGGAACACGCGCCUGCAGUUGUGUCUCCGAAGGACCUCACCAUUCAGCUGGACACAUCGGACGCCACAGAGAAGGCGAUUGUUAGCGCCUGCGUCAAACAGGACAUCCCGCUCGUUCGCUAUGGAAAGACGAGCUUGUUUCUGAAGAACGCGCUGAAGAGUCGCUCCUCGUUUUUCCAGACGCUCCACAAAGGAGGCGCGCAUGCAGAAGACACUGUGGGCGAGUUGGUGCAGCAUGCAGUUCUCAGUUAUUUCGAGUCUCACGAGAAGUCUUUGAGUGUGGGAGAGUUUAUGAAACCUGACUUCUGGGAGAACGAAGAGGAGGCUGCAGUGACUCUCGACCAGGUUCUGGAAAUGACCAACAAAGAAGUCCAGAAUGCGUUCCUCCGCAUGCAGGAUCGUCUCGAUGGCCAAGUUACUUCAGAAGAGCUGUCAAGAGUUUUGACUUCUGAAUAUAUGACAUCUGAAGAGGCUGUGAAGAGGCUCAGCAACGUCUUCGCAGAAGGAAUCAAACAGGCGGAAAAGGAGAUCGGCUUGUUCUACGAGCGACACGACGCCCGCGGACUGUGCGAAUUGGUGCGGACUGCGGACGUGAAGAAGCAUCCCUGGAUUUCCCAUGUGAUCUACAUGUACGCCGAGCUCUCGCGCUUCUGCAAGAAAAACGAGAAGUUCUGUCAGGAUCUGCUCGCUUGUCUUGAAGAGAAACCACCUGAACUUACAGCAGCAAUGCAAACGUUCGAAAUGUCUCGCCUCCUCAAAUCCAUCCUGGCGACGACUUCGAAAGGAGGUUCAGAGGCGCUUGCGCAAUCUUUUGCCUCGGAACUGAAGGCCGAAGCUAAAGAAAUCGAGAGCAUCGAGUCCGCGAAGAGUGAGGAGGCGCAGGCGUCCGAGGCAUCUUCCGGAUCGGAGGCAGGGAGUGCUAGCGGCUCUGCGGCCAGCGGUGAAGCAGGGGAGGCGCGAGCGUCGGCGAAGGAGACAGGGAAGGAAGAGGCCGCUGCCGCCAGCAAAGCGGCUACUCUCUCUGAAGAGGGGCGAGCGUUUCUUUCAGACCUCUCUCACUUUAGGGAGACUUUGAGGCUCACGGAUUUGGGUAUGGUGCGAGCUUCUCUGCAAGCGAUGAGGAACUACGCGCUGUACAGACACCAGGACGUCGGCGUCUUGGCGCGCGUGGCGUCCGACUGCUACUUUCUCGAAGAGUCUGAGUCCGUCAAGGAAGAACUUCGAGAGGCGAAGAAACGACUGCUUCUCGAGAGCAGCUCCGGACCGGAAGGCGUUUCGCACGGAGACGAGAGACAAGAGAAACAUUCCCCGACGAAGGACGUCUCCAAACAGUCAUUCGCCGAACAGUUGAUGAAACAUGUUGAGUCUCACGCUGACUCGAUGAAAGACUCUGCCUCUGCCGACUCGAGAAAAAAAUCAGAAACACACGAGUCUGAUUCUUCUUCGUUCGUUGAGACACCCUUGGAACAGCAGAGGCCUUUUUCUCUGUUACCGGCAGUUAGCUCCUUUUUUUCUCUACAGAGUCUUAGACCUUCUGUCUCUUCUCUCUCGUCUGCUUCUCUCUCUUCCUCACCUCUCUCUUCUUCUUCCUCUUUCAUCCAGACUUCUGCAGCUCUGGGGACAAAGCACCGAAAGAGCAAAACGAAAAAGAAAUCAAGAAAGCGAAAAAACAAGAAGAAACAGUCGAGCCCUGUAGCAGGCAAGACGACUCUGGAGGAUGUUCUGCGACGGCACCGCGCCGUUGCUUGCUUCGUCGUUGCGGCGGAGGCUCCUCACAUGCUCUCGCACCAUUCACCGUAUGACAUGAAGACUCCGGCGAAGGCAGCGCGGGUCGUGUCGAAGACGCAGGAGCAGCUGCGUUCUUCCUGGAAAAAUACGAUCUUUUCAGAGUCUCCUGUCCAAAAAGCGCAUGCCGAAGCCUUGAUGUCCUACGGCGUUGCUCCACUGAGUGUCGAUAUACUCGUGGAGAAGCGAGAGAGAGUCGUUGCGUGGCUGAAGGCCGAAGUGGGGACCCUCUUCAACAAAUGCGGAGACCCAGGGAGACCAAGCUCAGGUCUCUCGCCUUCUCACGCGCGUCAAAGCCUCCAACUCUUUCAGUUUUCUUCUUCAGACCUUGUUCUGCUUCAGAGUCUCUUCGACGAAGUUUGCGAGGCGAUCCGCACUGCCUGCUCGCACAUCACCGUCAAGAAGGAGCUUCCCUCUAUGACUACGCCCAUGGCGCUUUCUGAAAAGAUCAUGAAGAUUCCCGAAGACGCUGCUUCUGUGACAAAAGAGGGUGCUGCGAUGGCGCCGCUGGUCACUGAGAUGCUUAACGUCCUUGGAGACAACGACUUUGGCAGCUCCUUCAGUCCCCUUUUCAAUCGCGUGCUCGUCGCCGGCGAAGCACUUAAGGCUUCCAACGACAAGACUCCUGAACUGACGAAGGCGCUCGAAAAAAUGGAGACGAGACGCGAAAAGGACGCGCGCGACGUGAACAAAAGUCUUUUCAUGUCGACUCCACCUGGUCAAAUCAAGCUCACUUUCGAUGUCCGUGGACUCCGGUUGUGGUAUUCCAUGAUGCAAGUCGCUCAUGACGCGUUUCGACGUCGGAAAGACCACAAACGGAAGGCGAGUGUGCUCGCUUCUCGAAUGGAGCUCGUCAAGGGUCGCCUCAACGUUCUGGAGUGCUUGGCGAGACAAGAUGCUUUAACCAAAGUUGCGGCCGUCAGGUCGUCCACAGCCUCCACGAAAACUCAAGUUUUUCCAGGAUGUGCAAAUACCGUGGCGCUGCUCCGUCAUAAGCGACUGCUGGAGAACACUUACGAGACAUGUCAGAAGGAGGACGCUUCUCCAGCCGUAAAGUCGAAGAAGAGGCCGGGUCUUGGUUUCAAGGGGAAGAAGGAGGCGACACCAGCGUCAGACUCAGCGAGUGCCAGCGCAGCGGGCAGUUCGCAUUCAGAGUCGGAAAGCGCCGCCGCAGCUGCACACCAGGAAGCCCCAAGUCACGAAGCGCAGAAAGGCCUUGGCUCACGCCCUCUGGGAAGCGCCGAAGGCAGCCGGGCGUCUGCGGACUUCCUCUCUCGCUCCUCGUCGCUGACUCUUCCGGGGUCUCGCGGUCACUUUGCGCGCGCUGCGGAUCACGACAGAGGGCGAUCGCAGACGAAGAAAACGAAGGAAGAGCGCGAGGAGGAGCGCAGAAAGAAAAAGGAAGAGAAGAAAGCCAGGAAAGAGAAAGCUGCUCAGCGGAAGGCGCAGGCCGCCUUGGCGCAUGCCGCGAAAAAAGACGGGUCGGCGACGAGGAAACAGCGCAAAGCACAGGCGCGACUGCUCAAAAAAGCGAGUCAACCUAAAGGAGAUACAGGAACGCAUGUCGAGCAUGGAACGCCGGAAGAAAAGGCAAAACAGCAAGAACCUGGAACAUAUGCACAUCAGACACACCGAGAAGGAAAGGAUCACGAGCAUGGUAAACAUGCAGAGGGAAAGCAUCAUGAGCAUGAUAAACAUGCAGAGGGAAAGCAUCACGAGCAUGGUAAACAUGCAGAGGGAAAGCAUCAUGAGCAUGAUAAACAUGCAGAGGGAAAGCAUGCAGAAGGAAAGCAUCACGAGCACGGUAAACAUGCAGAGGGAAAGCAUGCAGAAGGAACGCAUCACGAGCAUGGUAAACAUGCAGAGGGAAAGCAUGCAGAAGGAACGCAUCACGAGCAUGGUAAACAUGCAGAGGGAAAGCAUGCAGAAGGAACGCAUCACGAGCAUGGUAAACAUGCAGAGGGAAAGCAUGCAGAAGGAACGCAUCACGAGCAUGGUAAACAUGCAGAGGGAAAGCAUGCAGAAGGAACGCAUCACGAGCAUGGUAAACAUGCAGAGGGAAAGCAUGCAGAAGGAACGCAUCACGAGCGUGGUAAACAUGCAGAGGGAAAACAUGCAGAGGGAACGCAUCACGAGCAUGGUAAACAUGCAGAGGGAAAACAUGACGAGCACGGUAAACAUGGAGGAGGGAAGUCUCCAUCAGGGCAUAAAGAGUCUGAAGGAUCCGCUUCUGCCUCGUCCACUUCAGCUGUUCAGCUGUUUGACCGGUCUUCUCCGCUUCUGCGACACCAGCGUUGGGAGAGAGGAAUCGAGUCUCAUUUCUGAAAAUGCGGUUUUGUAGACGUCGACAAGGAGCAGAUGUGACCGAUUGUUCACCAGUCUGCGUUUCGUCUCUCCGGAGGUCGUCACAGGGUUUAUGUUCGGCAGGAUGUUCAGUUUUUUUCCCUGGAGCUUUCUGGGUCUUUCGUUUCUCCGAGACCUCGGUAUUCAGUCACAAAGAAGGGCCGGGGGAGUCGCGUAUCGUUUGUGUUUCUGCCGAAACGUUUCUGACAGCGUUCACUUCCCGGUCUCGAAGGCGAAACUCGGAACACCUAGCCGAGCAGGUCCGCCGCUCCAGACCAUGUGGUGACGCUGGCACUUCUGCUCGCGUAGUCCAGUUCGCUGUCUCCAGAUAUCCUGUUUCUCUGCUCAAAGUUUGUUAAAGAUGUCGUUCUCCUCGUCGGCGAACUGCCGGCCCUCUUUGCACUCAUCUGACAAGACGGUCCGUCGAAACCGGAGGACCUGCGAAUUCUCUGGAGGCCAUUUACCGCUGCCCUUUAGAAAGCAAACAUGUGAGAUGCAGAGCACACCCCGAUACACAAGUCACAGGGUCCACAGCUUCUCCGUUCCUGGCC